AUGGUUGUGGGUCUGAUUUUGCGGGCGGGCGUUGUCUACGCUGUGGUAAUGGCCACCAAGAACUACGGCGUGUGGGAGUCCCCUGACAAGACGCAGGAAGUGUACGAGGACGCUGUGGAACAUAUCGAACCCUAUGCUGAGCGGGCGCGACGCCAGCUGAAGAUCUGCCCGCCACGGCCGCCUCCGCAGGGCGAGUGGUCAUUCUUUGGCAUCCACUACUACAAUCAGUUUGUAAAAUCGGUCUUUGACGUCCUCAGCGUCUUUCCCGCUGGACUAGCUGCGUUUUUGGAGAAGGCCCCUGGCCAUGUAACCGCGUUCAUCGAAAGCAUACAGAAGUACAUCAAGGAGAGCCGGUCUAAGAAGAAGGAGAUUACCAUAUCCAAGGGACAGCUGGACGAGACGCCUCUGGUCAGACCCCCAGGACUGGUGCCGCCGCACUGCAAGGACAAGAACUGUCCGAAGGCUCCUCUGAUUCCACCUGGGUGCAACCGAAACAGGGAUAGCUUCAUCUACGAGCCCCGGUUGCCCAAGAAACCACCGUGCGAGUGUUCCAAGUGCAAGCAACGGCAGGCGGAAAAUUGGAAAGACAACAAGCGCAAGUGUCCCAGACUUCCCAGCAAAGAAAGGAGGUGUGCUUGCGGCGAAGAGCCCCGGCCAGAACCCCGCUCGGAACCCAUUAAAUCUUGCAAACAGUGCCGAAAACCACCUAGUGACACCACUGGCUAGGAACCCCUUCACGAAAUCUCCUCACCACUCUAGCAAAAUUUGUUGUACCAAAACCUAGACAAUAUAAAUUUGGUUAACUUAUUUUGCAAA